AUGAACAAGGGGGAUAAAAAGCAGGAUGGCAGCACGAACAGGGGUAGCAGUGGGGACGACGAAGGCGACAGUGAAGACAAUUCGAACGACUCGGUCACACAUGUGAUCUCCUCAGAAAAGCUUCGAGCGCAGAACACUGUCGCGAAAAAGGGGUCGCUGCAACGGAAGGGGACCGCGUUCGCCAUACAUCGAGCACCCAGCACGGACAUUAGUGACGAAGAAGAUGACGAAGGUCGGCCAGAUCAUGACUCUUGCUCGGGACCCCCUCUUGCUGGUGGUCGCGCAGAUGUAGCGGAAAGGAUUGCGACGUCCAAACAAACAUCUGAUAAUUGGUCAAGAGAGUCGGCAGAAAAGAACAAAAGUGAAAACAUGUGUUCAUCAAAAGCAGUGCUGGGAUGUUCCUCUCCUUCCCUGUCGACUACAUCUGAGAACAAUAGUAAAAACAAGAGCGGAAGAAAAAUUGCUGCGACAGGUGGUGAAACGACAACAAGUAAAGCUGGUUGUAGCAAAAUAACAAAGAGCAAAUCUACAACAAAACCAAGUGGGACGGCAACAAGUUCUACUGCAGGAGAAAAAGCCGGCUUUCCUUCACCACCCUCCUCUAAAAUCCGUUUUCAACAAACGCCGCGGUUCGUGGAUGCAGAAGUAGAUUCGUCAGAAGCGUCGCACCAGGGUGGACGUGGACGAGAAAAUUUUCACCCCGCCGCGGCGGCAAAAGCGCAAUCUCCUCCUUCGAAGCGGGAGGUGCAGCAUAUUUGUCCGGAACAAAAGCUGCAAAAAAGUACGAAAAGUGCACGCUUUUUGGAGGAAGACAAAAACGAUGAUCUUCCUGGAACAACGAGUGGCGACGAGGAGAACAAAGAUGAAAUACCUG